CUUGACGCUUGACGCUGCCAUGUAAAGGCACCUUAAGGUUCCGAGUUCCGAGCUGCGCUUCGAUAAACGCAGAUGAGUGCCCGGCGCGUUAUUUUGAAAGGAUUUAAUAGUGUGAUAAAUAUACAACGAUUUAUUACAAUGUCCCAUUUAUUGGACGAAGUGCUAGAUGUUGAUAUCGAUGGUCAUGGAAGAUUUAAAUAUAUCUUAAUCAAUGUGCAGGAUGAUGUUAACAAAGCUAGUAAGCAAAUCGUUAGAGGAUAUGCAAGAGCACAGUGGCAUGCUGAUAUAUUCGAUAAGGUUGAUGAAGAAAUCAAGCAACAUGCUGGUUUGCAGGCAAAUUGCGUUGGCGGUGGAAGAAUCGAGCACGAUCCUGAUGAAAAAACUAUCAAGGUUUAUGGAUAUUCACAAGGGUUUGGCAAAGCUGAUCAUCAAGUGUCGGUUGAGUUACUGAAGAAAAAAUAUCCCGAAUACAACAUUACAUGGUCAGACGAAGGUUACUAACAAGAAGAAAAAAAAUACCGCACAUCUUUCUCGCUUGUAAACAUGUUUUUAAUUUAACAAAUAUAUAGUCAUAUAAAACAUUGAAACGCCUUGCUUUAUUAAAAUGUGAUGUGCUCUAAUCUUCUACAUAUUUUAUAAAAUUAUAUAUUAUUAUAUGUAAGAAAGUAAAUUAAUUAAAUAAUUAUU